AUGAAGCGCUGCUGCAUUCUCUUAGACGUCAAUUCAAAACGUAGCAGUUCGUCAGAUCGAGUUAAAAAUAUGCCUACACUUGAAUCUUCCACCUCGUCCAUAAAAUCGAGAAAUAAAAAUAUAACUAUAAAUGCAGUCACCCUUCUUACAAAUAUUAUAUAUUUCUCCCUUUUAUUGUGCAUAUUCCAAGGAUCUCUUCAUUAUAGAGACGUUAAUAGAUUUUCUACCAAAUGUACAGAAGCAUUUAAUGGGAAAGUGACAGGUAUCACAUUUAACAGAAACCUGGCCGAAGAAUACUGUGACAAUGUAUCUGGAAUGACAGAGGAAAAUGAAUUAGAACCAGAAGAUACAACCACACACACCUCUGAAUUUUAUAACUCCAAUUACACCCUUGAAGAAGAUCAACUGGAUGACACUGAAAAUCUAGAUAAACUUAUUGAAAGUUGCGAAAAACAAUUUCAUGAUAUUCUUGUAGACAUUAAAAAUCGAUUUGUAGAAUUUACGGAGGAUAUGAAUCAUUCCUGGUGUGAUAAAAUGCGGAAAAUUGCAUGGUGUAGAUACACAGAUAGUGUGCACACUGAUAUGAUGAAAAACCUUAAGGACCCAACACUUUCUUUAGAUGAAAAAAAGAAUAAUUUCAAAACUUCGAUGGAAUGGUGUGAGGAAGAUUUUACGGUAUUCUUGAAAUUGCUUAGGGAAGGAUGGAAUUUGAGAGAUGACCCAGAGCAUUACUUAGAAAGAUAG